GAACGACAUGAACGUCAGGUGCUACGAGCGCCCUCCUCAAGGCUCAACGCCUCCGUCCGUCGUCGUCGUCCGAGGAGGAACAGCCGUCGUUGAGCGUGUGCCCAGUGUUCGUUUUUCGUGCAGCGUGCGGCCCUUGUUGUAAGCAUGGAUGAAGAGUACGACGCCAUUGUGCUAGGCACUGGCCUUAAGGAGUGCAUCCUGAGCGGCAUGCUGUCGGUGAGUGGCAAGAAAGUGCUGCACAUGGAUCGCAACAAGUACUACGGGGGUGAGUCUGCCUCCAUCACCCCACUGGAGGAGCUGUUCACAAAGUUUAGCCUUCCGGCAAGUCAGUUGGAUGAAUACGGCCGCUCACGUGACUGGAACGUGGAUCUAGUGCCCAAGUUCCUUAUGGCCAAUGGCCAGCUGGUCAAGCUGCUUAUCCACACGGGUGUGACGCGCUACCUCGAGUUCAAGUCGGUCGAGGGCAGCUACGUCUACAAGGCGGGCAAGAUCCACAAGGUGCCGGCCGACGAAAAAGAGGCCCUAGCGUCCAGCCUGAUGGGCAUGUUUGAGAAGCGCCGCUUCCGCAACUUCCUGGUGGCCGUGCAAGACUAUGCCUUUGACGACCCCAAGACGUGGAAGGACGUGGACCACCAGACCACCACUGCCUGCCAGCUGUACGACAAGUUCGGCCUCGACAAGGACACUGCCGACUUCACGGGACAUGCCCUGGCCCUGUACCGGGAUGACGACUACCUGCAGAGGCCCUGUGGGGAGUUGAUACGGAGGAUCAAGCUGUACAGCGACUCCCUGGCCCGGUAUGGCAAGUCUCCUUACCUCUACCCACUCUAUGGCCUAGGGGAGCUGCCCCAGGGCUUUGCUAGGCUGAGUGCCAUCUAUGGGGGCACAUACAUGCUGGACAAGCCCAUUGACGAAAUUGUGCUGGAAAAUGGCCGUGUGGUGGGCGUGCGGUCCGGCAGCGAGACGGCACGCUGCAAGCAGGUCUACUGUGACCCCUCCUACGUGCCCGAACGAGUGGAAAAGGUGGGCCAGGUGGUGAGGUGCAUCUGCCUGCUGAAUCAUGCCAUUCCGAACACUAAGGACUCACUUUCCUGCCAGAUCAUCAUCCCCCAAAAGCAGGUCAAUCGAAACUCUGACAUCUACGUGUCGCUGGUGUCGCACACGCACCAGGUGGCAGCAAAGGGCUGGUUCAUUGCCAUGGUGAGCACCACAGUGGAGACCGAGAACCCCGAGGCUGAGAUCAAGCCAGGCCUUGAUCUUCUGGGACCCGUGGCACAGAAGUUUGUGAGCGUCAGUGACGUUUACCGACCCACCGACUUGGGUGCUGACAGUCAGAUCUUCAUCUCGCAAUCAUAUGAUGCCACAACCCACUUUGAGACAACCUGCCUUGAUGUCCUGGACAUUUUCCGUCGUGGCACGGGUGAGGACUUCGACUUCUCCAAGGUGAAGCACGACCUUGGGGAUGAGCAAGAGUAGAGAUAAGAGAAGAUGGCCGCCACUACUGCAGGCACCGCUUGGACAACCCGUCUCUUAGUUUUGCCUCCAGACCCUUCCUAAGUGUGUGAAUGUGUAGCUUGCGUGUGGUGAGCAGUGCGCACAGGGCUUGCUUGUGCACAAUGUGCACCAUGCGGGAACAGCACACCCUUGUGCAGCUGUUUUUGCAGCCACUAGGACUGUUGCUCAUCAGGCUUUCCAGCAAAAAUGUUCAGGGUUCUUUUCAGAAGGGCCUCAGCAUCACCUGUGAUUCUUGGUUCAGUUGCCCUUCUGCCUUGUGUGAAGAAGAGCUACACUGCCCUCUCUGCUGUUUUUUUUUUUCUUUACAACUGGGCUGGUCUGGACGUAAGGGGCAGUGGUCUGACAAUGUCGUUGUUGCUCACUGCUGGCUGCUCUUUGUCGGGGUCACUGGCAUGUUAAUUUUUUUGUGCUGUAAUUUAAGUUUUCGUAUUAUUUUUCCAUCUCCGCUGCUCCUCUUUUUUACCUUGUGUCAUGUGAUUGUAGUUCCUAUGUUGGCAUGGGCAUCAGCCUACUCUCUCUCUCCUUCUUUUUUUUUUUUUUGCAGACAGCGGAACAAACAUGGAGAAAAAGAUUAAAAAAAAACAUUCCUUGGA